AUGGAAUUUCGUCGCCAAUUGCUGCCCGUUUUUGAAGUGUGUGAGGAUGGCCAGUGCGAUGGCUGUGCCAUGGACGGUGUUGCUAGCCCCGCCGAUGAGGCAAGGGCCAUCCACGGUGGACAAGAGGGCAUGGAAACCAGGGAUACGCUACAUGAAUCUGCCAUGGACAACAUCGGUGAUGCUGGAUAUGAGGAGAAGUUAUUCUUCGAUCUUGGGACCGGUGAUGAUAAUAGUUCUAAGGAUGGUGAUGAUAGUAGGUUAGAUGAUACGGAUACCUCUACAGAUACAAGUUCUCCAUCGAAAGGCAACCAUUCCAGCGGUGGCGAGGCCAACUAUGGAAAGGAAGCUGGCAAUGUCGGUUAUGACAAGGAAAUGUUCGAAAGUGUCGCAAAUGUUGGGGACAGGUACAAAAAAAUGGAUGAGUUCUGGAGCAUAGCAAAUAAGACUUUUGCAAGUGAAGAGGAGGCAUUCACAUUCUAUAAUAAUUAUGCGAGGGACAAGGGUUUCAGUGUUAGAAAGGAGAAAGUGAGACGUAGCAAGCAGUCAGGGGCAAUUGUGUUCAGGCGUGCAUUACUUGAUAUUAGACUACAUAGAACUCGUGGAGUUUGGUACGUGAAUAAUUUUGUGGAUGAGCAUAACCAUCGCCUAGCAAUGCCUGAUGAAGUUCCGUUCCUAUGGUCUCACUGGAAGAUUAAGGAUUUCCAUAGAAAUGAGAUCAUGUCAAUGGAAGCUACUGGAAUCCAUAAGCAUGUCAUAAGAGAUGUUCUUCAAUGCAGAUAUGGAGGAUAUGACAAAGUUGGUAUUGUUACUAAGGAUAUUUACAACUAUUGUUCUAUGAACAAGAGGUCAAGAAUCGCAGAAGGUGAUGCAAGGACAGUUCUAGGUCUCAUGCUGAAGAGGAAGAACAGUGAUCCAUAUUUUUAUUUUGAUUAUAAAGUCGAUGAUGACAAUUGUCUGAUGAGCUUAUUUUGGUGCGAUGCUCAAUCUCGUAUGGACUACCAAUCAUUUGGUGACGUGGUCGUCUUUGACAGCACUUAUCGGACGAACAGGUAUAAGAUGUCAUUUGUCCCAUUCGUUGGGCUCAACCAUCACCGCAACACAACCGUUUUUGGUUGUGGCAUCAUUUGUGAUGAGCGCGCUGAUUCGUAUGUAUGGGUGCUCCAAGCAUUUCUGAAAGCAACUUGUCAGAAGAAACCCACAAUCAGUAAUUACUGA